UGAAGACGGCCCCUCUACGCCGUCGCGCCGCUCCGGGGACUACGAUCCCCCACAAUGCCGCGCGUCGCGCGCGCCCCACCCCCCUCCACCCCGCGCUGACGGCGUCCAGCCGACCCGGACUACAGUUCCCGGCGGCCCUCGCAGCGCUCCCGCCCUCCCUCCCGAGACACGAGCCGAACUGGGCGUCAGGUCGGGGAGCCGGUCGGGUUCCCGCUCGCUGUCGCCGCCGCCGCCCCCCACAGCGCCUCUCCCGCCGGGCCACAGCUCCGGUCGUGCGAGCUGCAUCCCCCACUGAGUUCGCCGCGGACACUCCAGCCCGGGAUCAGCGAGGCUGCGACGCGACACCCCCGACACCCCCGUCACCUCCAGCCCGGGCGACCCCUCCCCGGACCGGUCCGCCCUCGCCCUGCGCGGUGCCGGAGACCCCCGGCCCCGAGCGUCCUGCGGGCCCCCGCUCUCGCACUCCGGCCUCGGCACUCCCGCCGCCGCCGCCCCCCCCACCCGGAACAUGGACUCCGACUCCUGCGCCGCCGCCUUCCACCCCGAGGAGUACUCCCCUAGUUGUAAGAGGCGCCGCACUGUUGAGGACUUCAACAAAUUCUGCACCUUCGUCUUGGCCUAUGCUGGCUACAUCCCCUAUCCGAAGGAGGAGCUCCCCUUGCGGAGCAGCCCUAGCCCCGCUAACAGCACCGCUGGCACCAUCGACAGCGAUGGCUGGGAUACUGGUUUCUCUGACAUUACGUCCUCAGUGCCCCUGCCAGUGUCGGACCGCUGCUUCAGCCACCUGCAGCCGUCGCUCCUACAGCGAGCGAAGCCCAGUGACUUCCUGCUGGACAGGAAGAAGACAGACAAGCUGAAGAAGAAGAAGAGGCGGCGGCACCGGGACAGCGACGCGCCUGGGAAGGAGGGGCCCAGGGGGGGCUUGCUGAAGCUGGAGGCUGCAGACCCGUACGUGCAGACCCCCACGAGCCCCGCCAUGCAGGGUCUUCCCCAGGCCUCUGCUGACCCCUGCUCAGGCUGGGACUCUGACACUCCCUCCAGUGGUUCUUGUGCUACGGUGUCACCUGACCAGGUUAAAGAGAUAAAAACUGAAGGAAAACGGACUAUUGUCCGGCAAGGAAAGCAGGUGGUGUUCCGAGAUGAAGACAGCACAGGCAACGAUGAGGACAUCAUGGUAGACUCAGAUGAUGAUUCCUGGGAUCUUGUCACCUGUUUCUGCAUGAAGCCCUUCGCUGGCCGCCCCAUGAUAGAGUGUAACGAGUGCCACACCUGGAUCCACCUGUCCUGUGCAAAGAUCCGCAAGUCCAAUGUUCCCGAAGUGUUCGUCUGCCAAAAGUGCCGGGACUCCAAGUUUGAUAUCCGUCGUUCGAAUCGUUCCCGAAUGGGCUCCCGGAAGCUGUUUCUGGACUGAUUGGGAGCUGCCAAGGAGACAGGCAGGACUGGAAGGGCAUGGGCUCUGUGGCCUUCCUUAGUUGAACACAGAUCUCCCAGCUCUGGUGUGGGCAGACCCUGCCACUCAGGUGCCUAAGCAGAGGACUGGCUGUCCAGAUAAAAGUGUACAUAGCCAGUGAGCAGAUAUGGUGGUGGUCAGAGCCGCAGCUGCCCCUGGCUCCUGCAGCAGGCAGACUGAGCACCAGGUCUGCUUCAGAUGGGAGAGGGGCACACAGUCUUGUUAGCCAGUUCCCACCGCUGGGAGGGAGCCGGUGCUAGCUGUCCGUUCCGUCUCCUCUGUGCUGGGAGUGGAGUUCUGUUUCCCUGGCCUCUGUUUCUUCUCCAGUGUUGGUCUUUUAUCACAAGUGUCUAUACAGCAGCCGUCCAAGUUGCCUGCCCCUUUGUGAUCUCAUUGCCCCUGACUCAGUUGGGCUAGGGAGCUGCUUCCUUAAAGGUCUGGUGUCCCCAAGAGGAGCCCUUGGUUGCGGGUGAGCGGUGGUUCUUUGGUUUUCACUGUUUGUUUGAAGGGACAGUAUGUGGCCACUUCUCCACAGAGCGGGGUUGAGGGUGGAGGUGUCCUGUGUUCAUAACCCAGUUUCUUGUUUUGCACGAUGUAAAAACCAUCCCCCCCCCCCAAGAUAUGGCCCAAAGAUCGGCCAGAGUCUUCCUGGAUGCCCUUUCUCUGCCGCUGGUCCGUGCUCUAGGGUGCCCAGUAUACUCUUCCGUGUGGAGAAGCCCUUGGUCCUCUGUUCUUCAGCUGCUCCGGUAGCAUCCCACAGAUGAGGCUGUCCCAAGACCUAUGUAAUAGUUAAAAAGAACCCGAGGGCAUUCUCUAGUGACUGCCCUCCACACAGGCUGGCCUGCUAGGUUCCUGGGGCCAAGGCAAGGGUUUGAGUUAGUGCCAUAACAUCAGCUUGCAACGCUAUGCAGUUUCAAGGGUGUGAACCACAGCCCUGGUCUGGUAUGAGGGCUGCCUCAGCACCUGGGACACUGGUGGUCCUAGGACUGGAGCAGAGAGGCAGGGAGGGAGGGCUUUGGCUCUAACGUGGCCCUUGUUCUUCAGCCCUUCCAAAGCUGGUUCUCAGCAGGGUUUGGCAAAGCAGUGGGUGUAUUUCCUAGGCAUUGUUUAGGCAGCAUGGGACAGGGAAGAGUGGACCACAUACAUCUCUCCCCUCCACCCUCCCUGUGUCGCCGUGGCAGGGUCACCAGGCGGUCUCACAGUGUUGUAAGCUACAAAGGAGCUCAGACUAUAACUUGGCUAAUUGGAGCUUUUCGGGGUAGGGGUCAGUAUCUUUCACACUUGUCCAAUUUGUCUUAGUUCUUCUUGUUUUUAAAAUCCUGUUGCUCAUACUAAAGUACAGAGAAACACUGCUAAAGCUCAGUUGGUCGUGCAGAUUUCACUUGGGAUACCUCUGCCACUGAGGAGGAGCCGUUCCAGAAAGUCUUGUCCCCAGGCUAUGGUCUGGCUCUGACUGAAGUAAAUACCCAGGACAAGUUAGAGGAAUUUGCCAAAGACCUGCCCUGUGACGGUACUUGUCCAGUGUCUUCACCCUGAGGUUAACCAAAGUUGCAGUAGUUUUUUUAAGUGCGUUUGAGAGUGUGGUUUUGUUGUGGACCCGUGUAGCUGGCCAUUGUGUGCUCAGAGAUGCGACGCCUCUGGGAUAUGUUGACACAUCUCAAUUUCUGUUUGCUUGCUUUGUGUUUAAGGGGACUUUUCCCUGUGGGUGGUGUCACAAGUUGGACACCUUGGUUUGGGGGUGGAUUGAGCUGGGCAGCUGUAAUCAGCUUUAUGCAAACUGGGCAUGACCCUUCUAGGGGCUCCUGGUUGGCGGCUAAAGAUGUGAGGGGAGGGAAAGGUGUCACCCCCAAAGUAGACCCCCCCCAUCAGCUUUGGCCAGGCCAGACACAACAUCGUUUACAUGGUUCUGUGUAAUUAUAAAGUUUAUGUGUAUAAAGCAAGCUGUUUCUGUGAAACUGUAUAUUUUGUAAAUAAAGAUAUUGCUACUUUGA